CCUAACAGUGUGCUUGGUAGACUAGUCUUUAAAGAGUGGCCGCACACUGCAUUUUAAACAACACCUAUUUCACAGAUUAUGUAAGAGGAAAAAGCGUAUCAGUGCUACCUCUCCCACUGCUGUAACAUUUAUUGAUGAACGUUAGAAGAAGAACAAUGAUACGUCGUACAGAUUGGUUGCAACUAGUUAGAAACCAGAUAACUGAUUUAAUUAUUCUGCACAUUAUUAUUGGAACUGGUUUUUUAUUUCGUAUUCCUCUUCAUCCGGAAAAUCGACAUAAAGUUUUGUUUGUUGUCGGAAAUGAAUCGUCCACGCAUUAGCCCCCAAUAAUUAUCUCUUGAUAUUAUUAGUUUUUUAAGUUUUCAUUAUACACUGUCGUGCCUCACCUAUCUUUCCAGGAGUACUGUUGAGUGCUUGUUGCACACUCUCGGCUCACAUCGUUGAACAUAGCAGCAACAUUGACGUUGUGGGAAUUUGUCUUACAAAUUAGUGUUUAUAAUUGGAAAAUAGAAGUGUCAAGGCAGGUUUGUUCGCUGGCGCUGAACCCAUUACUUCUCGUACAUUUUUGUUACGUGCUGAUCACGAUGUUCACUGUGUGAAGUCUCUAAGCAAAAUACGUCGCAGAUCUUUCAUUUAUUUUACACAACGAUUGUUUUUGUUAAGAAGUGGCCCAUUAUUUUUGAAGCUAUUCCGUUAACGAAGCAUAGAUGCUUUUAAUCUUUGGCUGAGACAGCCAGGAAGGUAACUGGAUCCCUGCCAAUAUGAUAGUUUAAGAAGCUCUCUCGAACAGUUCUGUCUUGUUUGUAAGUGCACUGAUAGUCGUUGCUGGUCAGGACGAUGAAGAAGCGUGCAUUACCAAAAGGAGGGCUUCAUCCAGCCAUUUGUGCAUUUAUGUAUACAAAAAUGGGUGGCGAUGACUCAAGCCCAGACGAUGAGUCUACACUCAAGUGUGGAGCUGGACAGUCACAUUCAGACUCUUCCCAUUCCAGCUCGUCCUCAGAACUUUCAUCCUCAUGCUCUUCUGACGAAGACAAACAGAAGCAGUCCCACCAAGAUCAAAACACAAAGGGCUGCAGAGAGAACUUUCACUGGAUUAAGAACUCUUCAGCACCUGUAACGAGAGAAACUGAAGACAGUUGUCUUUUACAAAGUAAGGAAGCAGAAAAUGAGGAGAACCACAGUUUCAGCUACAUCCAGAUAGAACCAUGUCGAGGUAUACAGAAUGAAGAAAGUGAUUUUCGAACCCUGGAAUCACCUGUACACAGAGGCAAGGACAUUUCUAGCACUCCAGACUUCAGUAGCGUGAAUGGUCCUACACACAAACCACCACUGCGAGGUUCGGCACAGAAACUGCCGCCCCCAUCAGCCUCCCCCUCCGAUAAAGGUGGCAGCCUUGACCGCCGACGCAAACGUUGUGAUCGAUCUACCCGUGAUUCCAAGUGCCGGUCAUCUGCAGCUCUCCGAUACCGAUCCCCCUCACCACAACAACGUCUACCAGCUUGCCACGGAUCUGUGCACCAUGGUUCUUGGUGUGACCUGUCAAGUUCACACUGCCACCUUCACAACAGUCACGGAUGUAGCUGUGCUCAUGGCAUGCCUACACCUCAGAUAUGCCCAUGCCGCAGUUUUUGUGCUUGUCAUCUGUGUUCUGGCAGUCAGCCUGAUCUGUAUGGAGCUGUCCAUGGGUGCUGGCAUGGUAGCCGGUCAACACUUACCAGCAAGCCCCCAGGAGAAGGAGAAGAGAGAAUUCGAAAACUGGAAGCAGACAAGGAGUCACUCCAGUUACAAGUGAGUGUUCUGACGGAGCAGAUAGAAGCCCAGGGUGACAAGAUAGCAGAUUUGGAGAAGACAUUGGAUGAAAAACGGAAGCAGUUGGAUAACAGCGAGAAUCUUUUACAAAGGGAAAUGUUGACAAGGUCAUCCCUGGAAACUCAGAAACUUGAAUUAAUGUCCACUAUAUCAGAUCUCAAGUUACAAAUGGCAGCUCUUGAACGAGAAAACAUAGAUUUACGAGAGCGACUAUCGGAAGAAAGGCGUCGAAACAAACCACCUCUUGCACCAAGGGCUGCUGCUCAUGCCACUUCCACACCCAUUGGUUCACCAGCAGCGAAUAUGCAACAGAUACUAGUUGGGGCAUCACCUUCACCAAGUCCAGUUUCGUCCAUGUCUGAUGGCAGUCCACGUCGCAUAGGAAGUCAGUCAAAUAGCGGAGAAGACUACAAGGAUAUACCCCCUCCUAGAACACCACCAGCAAACUACCGACGCAAAGUGGAUCACUAUGGCAGCCUUCCACGGCAGCGAUCUCUUGGAGCUACUAUUGGAAGUUCUUGUGGUACCAGUGGGUCUGCUACCGCACCUGUUCCCCUCAGCCUCAGUUCUGUCACCAUGGAUGGUGUAGCCGCAAGGAAAGGCGUCGCCUUUGGUAAAGGACUUGGUCUUUCAUCGUUGCUACAUUUCCAACAGGCCAGGCGGAGGGUCGGGGGCGACAAGAGCUUCUCGACACCCAAUCUAGCUGAUGCUGAGAGGGUUGUGAUUGAGGAUUCACAUGUAGAAGAAGAGGAGGAAGAGGAAGAUGUAGGCUCAAGCUUGUCACCACAACAAAGUCCACUCCAGGCAACCAGAAACAAAGGAAUUAAAAAGAUAUUUGGCAGGAUGAAACGUAGCGGAUCAGGCAAUCUAGAGGACCUUCCAAUUCCAUCUUUGAUGACAGAUGGAGAGUUUCGGAGGGGAGGUGUGCGUGCUACUGCUGGUCCACGGCUUGGCUGGAACUCACAGCCACCUCCUCCACCAUUACCUGAUGGACCUUUUGCUCAAUGGGAUAGUGACUCCGUUGCCCGCUGGUUGACAGAAAUGGGCUUAGAAUGCUACGCUAUUGAGGCAAAGCGGUGGGUCAAGAGUGGUGCACAACUGUUGGCUGCAUCACAGCAAGAGAUUGAAAAGGAGCUUGGAAUAAAGAAUCCACUGCACCGAAAAAAGCUGCUGUUGGCACUGGCUUCAGUAUCUGAGAGCCCUGCUGCUCGUGCUGAUCCCCUGCUGGCAGCAGCUGGGCACCUAGACUCUGCAUGGGUUUUGCGGUGGCUGGAUGAUGCUGGUUUGCCUCAGCACAAAGAGGUAUUCUUAGCAGCAAGGGUGGAUGGCCGCGUGCUUCACCGGCUUGCUGAGCAAGAUCUUGCUUUGCUGCAUGUUACUUCUAGCCUUCAUGUUGCUAGUUUACGGAGAGGAAUUCAGGUUCUAAGAGAUCAUAACUUUGAGCCUGAUUGCCUCAAAAGAAGAUCAUUGCCAGAUGAAAGCAGUCAACCAACACCACAAGAAGUUGCUCUAUGGACAAAUCAUCGUGUCAUGGAGUGGUUACGUGCUGUUGAUUUGGCUGAAUAUGCCCCUAACUUACGUGGUUCAGGUGUCCAUGGUGGCCUAAUGGUCCAUGAGCCACGCUUCACAGCUGAACUGCUGGCGAGCUUACUGUCCAUUCCACCAAGCAAAACAUUGCUACGACGACACCUCAACACGCAUUUCAAAGAACUGCUGGGGCGUGAUUGUAUACAAGAGAAGAGGGAAGCUGAGGCGACCCUUGGUUAUGUCCCACUUUCAGCUACAACCAAAGUUAAGCUUGCCAAGAAAAGCCAAUUCACUCUGAAACGCAAGAAGUCAAAAUCAGAACUUGACUUUGGAGAUUUGGUGUGCCCAAUGGAUUCUGCCAAGCAAGGUGAAGCAUCCCAUGGUGAUGGAGCUAUGAAAAUGAACGCACAACAAAAGGCCGGGGUUGUCUCUCAGGUCACUGAUGCUCAAGGCACAGUUCUGACUCAACCUUCGAGAGACUCACCUCAAGGUGAUCGAACGAGCAACGUAUGAAAUUGUACGAGGAAGCUGAUGUUGUUUUCAUCAGAAUACUGUCCUACUUGGCUGCUUCAGGAAUGUACAUUGUUUGGAGUGAAAACAACUGGUGAAUUUUAUCUAUCAUGUUGAAGAUAGUAUCAGUUGCUAGGAAGGAAAAAUAUUUCCACAUAUGUAAAUUUCGUGUGUAAUUUCAUUAUUGCCUUUUCUCAUGCUCCCCCCCCCCCCCCCCCCCUUUUUUUAAGUUCAUGGCCAUUAAACUUCAAUGCAGGAUGAAACAUUAAGUGACUUUUGACACAGAUUAAUUAAGUUUUUUACAGUAUGAGUGCAUAUCACCAUUAUACUUAUGUUGGAAAUAGGUUAUUAAAAUUAUGUAUAUUUUUGCACAAAAGUUUUCAAUUUUGUUAUUAUAUGAAAUAGAAUUUUGGCAAUGUCAAGACUAUAACCAAGUACUUACGUAGCCCUAAGUAUUGUAAUUUUAUGAUUAUUUCUCAACAUACAAUAUUUUGCUAAAGAGAGAAGAGGAAACAUCACAUUUUUAUUCCUAACUCUCGUUAAUUAAAAACCAUAUUUUCAGCUCAUUGUAAAGUGUACUAACCCUAAAAAAAAGGGCCAGUAUGAAUUGGUAUUUUUUAUAUUUUGUGAGAUUGUUAAAGAACCUCUUUUGUAAAAAUAUUACAGACACUUUAUGAAGCUACCUCAAGCUCAUUGUUAGACAGUUAUCGGUUUAAUGACAGAUUAAAUCAUUAAAGGUAUGCAGAAUACAUACAUAAUAUAUUCACAUGAAUAUAAAAAAUCUUGUAUGUACCUGCAUAUUGAAUUUUCUAGUCCUUUUGACCCUGAAGGAUUUUUGUACUUUUUUUCCUAAAGGCAUUUUGUUGAAAGUAUGUAACAACAAUUUUGGCUUUGAAAAAUGUUUAUGCAAAAUAAUCCUGUAACAUAUUGUUUUUAAUUCUGGGACCAAUGUACUAGGUUUACUCAGGCUUCCUAUAGCAUGUGGAAGAAUGUGUCAAAUUCUUGUUGUAAGUACUAUGUACAGGCGAGUGUGUAAAAAGAAAAAAAAACUGAUGUCUUCCUUU